AAUCCUAGUGCUACAGACAGACCCAAAGACUGACAUCCAAGAUGGCAGCGCCCAUGAGAUUUUUGACUCGCCGAACUUGUCCACAGAUUUGUCACAGAAUUCUGGGGUGUGUUAACGUGCAAGUCGCCAACUACGCAAAAGCCAAAGUUCCGGCUUUUAAGGGGGCUAAAGACCUCACCAGUGAAAAGCCGAAGGGUCCGAGUAUUGAGACCGACCCCGCUGUUCUCACUACACAAUGCUGUGGAGCCAACAUAUACAAGGAUGGCAGUGAUCCUCCCCUCAGACCAGAUGAAGAGUACCCAGAUUGGCUGUGGAAGUUGCAUUUGGGGCCUGCAGCCACAUUGGAUGACCUUGAACCUGGCACGAAGAAAUAUUUCAAGAGACUCCGUAAGGAGAACAUUUGGGCAGACAACGCGAGGCGGAAAGGGAAAAAGUUCUCAGUCCAAGCACCACCUGCCAGGAAAUACGAGUAGUCCUUUUUAGUCAGUUGAUCAACCUGCUUUUUGAUACACAAUGCAGCUUUAUUUUGUAUCUAAUGUGCCCCUAAAACAAAAGACUAAACCUGUGUGCCUGCACCUAAGAUUGGUAAGGUACACAGCUCUACUUGUACAGUAUACAAGAUGCAUUUUUGUUUCAUGACCAGUGUUUAGGGGAGCAGUGAGGAAAAG